AUGUGUGCGGAUGUCAGCAGCUCGCAGCAAGUUGAGGAGACUGACGCAGAGGCGCCGGAGAGAGAGCGAGAUUUGUCGGAGCCGUGUGCUGCUCGUCCACGCAAGCCACCUCCGCGACGCACGGUCUUUCAGCGGCUCUCGCAGGCCAGGCUUUGCCGAUGGCAGGUGGGCGAUCGAGUGUGGGUUCGAGACAGAACAGAGAAGGAUGCCCUCCAUGAGCGGGCCAGGCCCGCGGAGCAAGACUGGAAGCCGGGCACGGUGGUGUCAUUGGAGCCUGUUAAGGUUCGUCUGCGAGGAGGCACUGAGGGCUUCACUUGGCGGGACAUCAAGGAGCGGCCCAGAAGUUCAUCGCCCUCUCCCGAGCAGAGCUGUAGACCAAGGUGCAGAUCGCCCGCGCGGCCGGCAAGCGUCGAGGCAGUCCGGCGUGCGCGCACGCUCUCUCGACGUCGCCGCGGCCGGGAGAAGGAAGCCAGGCGGAAGGAGACGGAGCAGAUGCGGUUUAGCGCGAAUUCAUUCCGGCCCAAGAGGAGUGCAUCCUUGCCAAGAGCCGCAGAGCAAAAGGAGCUAGAGCAGGUGAAGAAGGUACGGGAUGCCAUAGAUGAAAUCCGUCAUCAGCUGCGGGAGGAGCCGCGCAAGGGCCGCAGGCCCCCAUCACCUGGCCUAGGGCCCGGCCCUGCAGCGCUGAAGGUGCUGAAGCUGAGCCGCGGCCUGAAAGGUUUUGGCUUUCAGCUCAAUGACCUGAGACAGCUCACCACGAAGGACUCGGUCGCUCCCCCAUGGCUGCGUUACUUGCAGGAGCGCAAAGAGCUGCUCAGAGACCUGCUCCAUCCUCAUCCAGAAGGAGCACUUCAAGAAGAGCUCUUCUUUGAGUGGAUGCACCAGCAGCUCCAGAGUCUCCGACUGCAGCGCCAGACUCGAAGCAGGCUUCCAGAGGUGGCCUCAUUGAGAGCGGACACCACCACCGUGCUGGAGCUGGUCAGGUCCUGCGUGUCUCAUGCUGUUGAGGCGGACGAUCGUCGGAGUCUACCCAGGCUGGCCAAAGCAAUAAGAAUUGCACACCUGCAGCUGGAGCACCUGGAUUGCUUGCCCUUGAAGGAGUUCAAGCAACUCUCGGAGAAGCUGAACGUCAGGAUGACAGGCAUGACCAAGGAGGAGGUGAUCCAAAAGCUGCGGAAGCAGCUCUGGAGCCGCCGCGCGCAGGCCUCUGCCGCCCCGCUGCCGGAGCUCUGCACCUACCCCCGCGCCGAGGCCAUUUCCUUGGUGCGCAAGGCUCUGAAGAAGGCGCAGGAGCAACUCGAGAAACCGGUGCCGUCCUGGCAGCUGAGCCGCUGGCUGUGGCUUUUUGAGUUGGGCCUCGAGGACCUUGGCUGCCUUUGCCCCGAAGAGCUGCGCAAGCUAGAGGAAUGGUUGGAGAUGCCGCCACUGCGGUCCAAGCCAGAGAUCCUGGAGUGGCUCCGCAAAGAGGUCUGGUUUGACCGGGCUGUUCGAAGAACACCCUCUUCCAGUCAGAUCCGAGUAAUGGAGGAGCUCAGUGCUCCGGCAAAUCCCGCGAGAGCCAUCGCCCCCGACUUCAGGGAGGACCCUGAGGACACACUGACGCUGAUGGACGAGGAUGAUUUUAUCAUGGAGUACGACAUGUUCGUGCCUCCUUGA